GGGAGAAGAAGAAGGAGGAGGAGGCGGCGACGGCGGCGGCAGCUCGUGGAUUUGGAGCAAGGCGUUCAGAGUCAGCAGGGGGGUGAGAAGCACAAGGCUGCGAGAUGUCGGGCCGGAGCGGGAAGAAGAAAAUGUCCAAACUGUCCCGCUCGAGCAGGGCUGGUGUCAUUUUCCCCGUGGGGAGGAUGAUGCGCUACCUGAAGAAAGGGACGUACAAGUACCGGAUCGGUGUGGGAGCGCCCGUGUACAUGGCAGCUGUCAUAGAGUACCUCGCAGCUGAAAUUCUAGAGCUGGCGGGAAACGCAGCGCGGGACAACAAGAAAGGGAGAAUUGCCCCCAGACACAUCCUCCUGGCAGUUGCAAAUGAUGAGGAACUGAAUCAGUUGCUAAAAGGUGUGACUAUUGCAAGUGGGGGUGUCCUGCCCAGAAUUCAACCUGAGCUUCUGGCCAAGAAACGGGGUGCCAAAGGCAAGUCUGAGACCAUCCUUUCCCCUGCUCCUGAGAAGAAGGGGAGGAAAUCCAUGGUGAACAAAAAGAGUGGGAAGAAGGCGAAGUCUCCCAAGGCCCGGACAUCCAAAAAGAACAAACAAAAAGACAAUGAAAAAGAAGGAGCUUCAAACUCAACAUCUGAGGAUGGACCUGGGGAUGGUUUCACUAUCUUGUCCUCCAAGAGCCUUGUGCCAGGGCAAAAGCUUUCUCUGACACAGAGUGACAUCAGCCAUAUUGGCUCCAUGAAAGUAGAAGGCAUCGUUCACCCCACAACUGCUGAAAUAGAUCUCAAGGAGGAAAUAGGCAAGGCGUUGGAAAAGGCUGGAGGAAAAGAGUUUUUAGAAACAGUGAAAGAGCUUCGCAAAUCUCAAGGACCUUUGGAAGUUGCUGAAGCUGCACUCACUCAGUCUAGCGGCCUAGCAGCAAAGUUUGUCAUCCACUGUCACAUCCCACAGUGGGGCUCGGACAAGUGUGAAGAGCAGCUCGAGGAGACUGUCAAGAACUGCUUAACAGCUGCAGAAGACAAGAAGUUGAAGUCCGUGGCGUUCCCCCCGUUUCCCAGUGGCAGAAACUGCUUUCCAAAACAGACAGCAGCCCAGGUGACUCUCAGAGCUAUUUCCACCCACUUUGACGGCACCAGCUCUUCCUCCUUGAAGAACAUUUACUUCUUGCUCUUCGACAGUGAAAGCAUCGGCAUCUACGUGCAAGAAAUGGCCAAGCUAGACACCAAGUAGCAGUGGCAGCCAAAUGAAACUUUAUUUUUCAACAAACUUGAGUAGCAUUAAAAGCAUUAGAGGUGGGUUUUAUUUUUUCAAUGUGAUGAGGAGGGGGAGUGGUAGUAGUGUGAUGUGUUGUGACUUGAUGAAGAGCUGUGACUAGAGAUGAGAGGGGUUUAGUCCGAUUUCUUCAUGCUAUCAGCAUCCUCUAUCACCUUAAGCAAUUGAGUUACCAUCUGUUUUGGGGAGUUUAGUGUCCCUUGGUACUUUAGUUUAGGAGUUUUUAAAGAGUAACCUCAUUUAUAGAUUUGUAGUGAUGAUUUCUCCACACACACAACACUUUAAAGAAAGCUCUUAAAAAUGUUCUGCUCCCUUUUCCCCUCCCUUGAGGGUAGAUGGUAAACUGCCUUCAGCCCACAGAGAGAGGGGAAAAGGAUUUUAGAAGUGAUGCAUGAGAAGCUUCUGUUUUGCUUUUAACUCACAAUAACCUCUGUAAUUACUGAGAAUAUUUCAUGGUGAUUUUGUUUGUUUUAUAAGAAAAAAAAA